AUGAUCCUCGGCAUCUUUUACGCGCGAUUCUUCCCCCAGGAAGGCCCCAAAAUCGUCGCGCAAUCCCCUCCAGGCUGCAUCACCGCCUCCUCCUCAUCCUCGGGCAACAACAAUAACAGCAACAACAGCAACAACAGCACUCACGGGAACAACAACAGCAGCAGCAGCAGCAGCAACAAUAACAGCCACAGCCACAGCAACAACAGCCCCCUCGUCGACUUCGACGUCCUCCAGGAAUACAUCAUCCCCCGCCAGGCCUUCUGCAACCGCUUCAUCUCCAUCAACUCCCCCGACGGCAAGUACACCAUCCUGGGCUUCCCCGUCGUCAUCCCCCACACAAAGUACAUGCGCAAUGAGUUCAUCUUCAACUUUGGCCUGCUCGUCGAUGCCGAGUGUGAUCAGGCGCCCUUUGAGAGCGUCGUCCGCUGCCUCGCCGAGACCUUUGCCGAGAUGGAGAAGCAGAACGAGUACCUCAGCCUCAGCGAGGCAAAGGGGCCCGAGGACGACUCCAUGCGGAGGCCCAUUGAGAGCCUGCUGGAGAUUGUCAAGGAGGAUCUCAACAACUAUGGCGAGUGCAUGAUACCAGUUGACGAAGCAAACAUCAUCAACAUGAAGCUCUUCCCCCACCACGCAACCCCCCCAGUCGUCAAGGGCUGGCACGUCCCCGUCGCCCGCACAAAGUUCCCCGAGAUCGUCGACCCGACCUGGGACAUCACCCUGCAAAAGGUCGUCGCCAAGAUCGACGGCGUCUCCGACGUCCGCCGCAUCGCCCAUGAGGCCAGCGUCUCCCUCGACCUCGCCAAGAUCGCCAUCCGCCACCUGCUCUACUACGACACCAUCUUGCUGCUCGACAUCUUCUUCUUCAGCUCCUGCUACGCGCCGCGGCCGGGCAUCCACGACUUCAUCCGCAACGUCGACGGCAUCGUCGACGAGUGCGCCGGCUACGUCUCCCACGGCAGGGCCCGCGUCAGCAAUUACCUGCUCAUCCGCUUCAUGGCGUCCUUUUCCCCCGGCAAGAGCAUCAAGGAGUGGAUCAUGAACCACCGCGACAACGGGUUCGAGCUCAUGUCGUACAUUGACAUCCGGCGCUUCGUCCAGUUCGGCGUCAUCAAGGGCUGCCUUUACCGCGUGCACAAGUACGUCGUGUCCAAGCAGUACCUCGCCUCUCUCGCGACGGGGCAGAGCAGGCCGUUGGCUGGCGGCGAUCCGUUGCAAAAGUACACGGAUGGGUGCCACCACAUGGAUCAGAUCAUGACGGAGCAGAACUUGACCAAUGAUCAGGUCAUGGAUAGGCUCAAGAUGCUGCCCGUUCCCAGGGGCGAUAUUACAGUGUUUUACAGGUAA